UAUGAAGAUAUUAGACAACUCGCGGUUGGAGUGGGAUGCUGCGUGGAGAUGAAAAACAUUUACUCAGUUUUGCUUUUAGGACAAUUUCUUGGAUGCAUACAGUCACAUGUUAUAGAGCUUGACCAAAGCUUUCUAGAGCGGAAGAAUGAGGGAAUGUGGUUAGUGGAGUUUUAUGCCCCGUGGUGCGGUCACUGUAAAAAAUUAGAACCAAUAUAUCAUCAAGUGUCCGUCACUCUGAAGAGUCACCCGGUCCGAGUGGCCAAACUGGACUGCACACGCUUCUCCAGUGUCGCCUCAGCAUUUGAUGUGGCCGGAUUUCCCACCAUCAAAUUUAUAAAUGGGGACAAAGUAUACACUCACCGGGGUGAAAGGUCAGAGGAGGACAUUGUAGAAUUCGUAAAGAAAGCCAGCGGUCCACCUGUGAGGAAUAUGGCCAGCAUAGGAAAAUUCAAUGAAGGCAAGCAGGAGCACAGAGAUGGUGUUUUCUUUUUUUAUGCAGGGGACGGGAAUUUCGAAAACGAUCUUUAUAAAAAAUAUUCUAAUGUAGCAGAUAAAAUGGCUGCCCAGGCCUAUUUUUAUGCUGGAACUGAGAAAACCUUACCAAAGGAUGUUAAACCAGCAAAAAUUCCAACGGUUUUGGUUUUCAAGGAUCAGGCUUGGUUUGAAUAUUCAGCUCCUGAUACAUCCAUGUCCUCCCUGGAGAGAUGGAUAAAUGGUGAGCGCUUUACAUCAUUCCCCAAGGUUUCUGGAGGAAACAUUAAUGACAUGGCAGAAAGUGGGAAGUCCCUAGUGAUGUUUGUUGUAAAUCCAGAGGAUAGAGAGAAAUUCGAUCUCACACACAGGAUCAAAGAUGUUGGUAAAACAAUGGCAGUGAAGUAUAGGGAAAUAUUUCACAGUGAUUUCCAGUUCCUGUGGAUGACAGAUGUAGAAACUGUGAACAGCAUCACCAUGGCCUUCCUGGCAACCCCUGUCAUCCUGGUCCUGAAUACACAGACACACUUCUUCUACUUUCCAGACUUUGUCAUCUCCGACAUCACUAUAGAUAAAAUGUCCGACUUCCUCAACAAAGUCAGGGAGGAAAAGAUUGAGCCCCAUGGAGGAACAGGAUUCUUUCAGAGACUGAAAAGGAUAUUUUACGAUAUAUUUACCACCGUUAUUAGCAUAUGGCAGUCUUCACAUUGGCUGUUCCUGUUCAUGUUUGGACUCCCCACGGCUGUGGUCAGUAUCGUCUGCUACAGUAUCUGUUGUAUGGAAGUGACGGAGGACUCUCAGGAAGAAGACAGUGAAUUCGAUGAGGAAGAGGAGUACCUUCCUCCCGAAGAAAUAGAUCAAGAAACAGAAAAUCUGCAGUCAUCAAAACCAUUUCAUGAGAAAUCUGAUUGAUGUUGGGGAGAAGCUAAAUGAAAUUCCGACAUGGAGAAAAAUUGUGGGUGCCAUACUUUUUGGAGCAUUUCGCAGUGACGGAUUUCAUGAGGGGAAACGCCCACCAGUUAUUCCUCACAACAUCCUGUUCUAUUAUAAAACCACCACUAUGUUUUACUUGGCCAAAGUCAUGAGAGUACACCACAUAUAUCUACGGAUCGCGAGACACGUCUGUGGUGAGCUCCUGCUCAGUGUUAUCUAUAAAUCUCUUUGUAUGCGACUAUAUAGUUUAAUUAGACAGUCAUUCUGGAAACUAUGUUCUUAAGAAAUGUUUACAAGUUAGUCUUUUGAUAAAAUUGAAUUUUUUUUAUGUGAGAAAAAUACGAAAAUGUUUGUACAUUAUAUUUACAAUUUUUUGAAUUCAUAUGCAAUAUGACCAUGAAUAAUUCAGGAUAGGACAUGUACAGUGCUCCCUCAAUAUAUUGCCCCCCCCCCCCCCCCCCCCCAGUUAUAAUGCUUAUUGCCUGAAAAUCCUAAAGAACAGAUCUCUUCCCAUGUUAACACCCCCAUUAUAACGCCAACCCCGCAUAAUGCCAUAUGCCACUGAUUUUCACAAACAAAUGGUAAAAUUUUAUAGGGUUUACCCUCCAUAAUGUCAAUUACCUAACACCCAUCGGGAAUCACACCUGUACUUUAAAAGCAGUGCGUUGAGGUGUGAUGGUCUGGACAAGGUGAUCAGGUUAAUACAAAUAAUUGCUGAAUUAAACCCAAGAUUAUCUUAAUGGUUAUACAGAAUGUAGCCCAAAUAAAUCGCAUAACUGAAUUUCUUUUGACUGCUUAGUACAUUGUCAGUAACGGUGAACAUGUGACAUUGCCAUCGCUGCUUUAUUGCCCUCGGUUUUGAACAAAAGUUGGCAAUAUAAUGAAGGAGCACUGUAUAUCAUUGUGUUUGAAAUAUAUAUUUGACUUUCAAAGGUAUUUGUGAAAGUAGAUGAAAAGUUUAAGAUACAUGACAUGUAUAUCAGUUUAUCAUUUAUGGGGCAUUUACUUAACCUAGUAAAACCAGAUCCUUUACCCAGAAAUGUCAGAAAUUAUUAUACACUAUCCAGGUUCUGACUCGGACACAGUCGUGUCAGGGGGCUGAUAUCAUGUCAGGGGAGGGGGGCUGAUAUCACGUUGGGGGGCUGAUAUCAUGUCAGGGGUGCUGAUAUCAUGUCGGGGGUGCUGAUAUCAUGUCGGGGGUGCUGAUAUCCAGGUUCCGACUCGGACACAGUCAUGUCAGGGGUGCUUAUAUCAUACUAUAUAUAUAUAUAUAUUUUUUUUUUUUUUUUUGAUUUCCAUGUCUCCUUCAGUCAUAGUGUCUGUAAAUGCAUUCAUUUGAGUCUUUAACAAUAUGUGUUUUGUAUGUAGAGAGUAUGUUGUUUGAUUGGUUGAUGUGUUACAUCAUACCUGGAUCCAGUUGCACAUGAGUUAAGUUUGAUAUUAAAGUCGUUUUCGAUUACAUGGAAACUAAAACUGGAUUAUGAAUCUGGGAUGUUUUAUUAUACAGGAAAACACGCAUACAGCGAACACGUUUAUAAUGAUAUCACACUUACAGCAAAGUUAUUUCAUUCCCUGUAAUUUUAAAGCAUAUUAAUGAACUCAAUAGAUAUAAUGAAUUACAUUUAUAAUGAAUCUAAAUUAUUCAUCCCCAGCGCUUCACUAUAAGUGUGUUUUACUGUAAUUGUUCGUCCCCAGCACUUUGCUGUAAGCAUGUUUUACUGUAUAUGUUUUUUUUUCCAAACCAAAUCCGGAUUCUAGAAUUUGUUAAUCUACCUCCAAAGGUGACUUCACUUGGAUCCAAAAUGACUAGAAAUAUCUUUGUCCUCAUAGUGAGUGACAUAGCGAGGGUCUUCUUGUCUCAGUUUAGAUGGAUUAUCAGAAUAAAAACACAAAUUAUCAUCAAGCAAAUUACAUUCUAACAGAGAACAAACAUCUUGAAGUUGAUGAAAUAUAAUAUUACAAAAAUUAGUGCUUGAUUAUAACAACACACAUUCACAAAAAUGUAUUUCUUAAAUCCAAAUCUGAAUUUGUUGUAAUUUAACAUGGCUUAUAGGUGUUACGGUCCAGUUUAACUGUAAAGUUUGUUUAUUUUAUGAUGAUUAUCAAAAAGUAGUUAAUAUCGAUAAUUCCUCUUAUCGGCUCAGAUACUGUAAACCCAACUUUUAUUUGCGGCUACUUUAUUUCGCGAUUCACUUGUGGUAUACUGGUUCGUGGUGAAUAAUUUUUGCAAUCAUGCCUUUUUUAUUAUACAUUGACAGAGAUUCAAGGACUGGUUUGAAACAAGAAAUAUUUGCGACAAUGAGGUUCUUGCUAAUCUCCCGAAAUUUUCUCGCACAUGAAUAAAAGCUGGUUUACAGUAUUGGGGUGAAGGGGUCAACAUCAGAAUGGGCUUAGAAUGGACUCUAUCCUUUUACAAUACCCAGUUAAUGCUGUAUACAUAUGAGGGUUGAUAUGAAUUUAAUUGUUAAUUAAACUUAGCUUUUAUGCUACUGGGUUCUAAGCAAUGACUAAGUGCAUGUGCUACACAUUCCUGCGAGUGAUAGAUUAUUGUGAAAGCUUGAUGACAGUUUUGUUGUUGCAUUAUUUAUAUUUAAUAUCCAUGAGUAUAUCGGAUAAUUUUGACAUCAGAAAUAUUUCGUGAAAUUUUUUUGGAAGUUUGUAAUCUUUAUUACUUGGCAGGUUUUCACUUAACAUGUGUAACAACUAUAGAAAUAUAAAAAUUGGCUCUUCUUUUUGCCGAAUUCAUCAAGUGCUUGAAAAUUGUGUGAUAUGUGGCAAUUACACAGAAUGUAACAAUGUAAUUUACUUAAUUAGGAGAGUAAUUAAUUCUACAAAAUCAUGUGAGUGUGUUAAAUCCUAUAAAUGAGAACAUUUAGUUGUGUUUCAAUAGAGAAAAGUCAAGGAUUCUGUAAAUUUAAACCAUUUUAGUUGUGAAAGCUAUAGAUUAUGAACUAAAUAGAUAUUUACUUUUCCCAGCAUCCUCUGUUGGUUAUAAUCAUGAAAACUCUUUCUUGUGCAGAUUGGACAAUCUCAUGAAAAUAAACGUCUCACAAAAUUUGGUUAAUGCAUGAGGAAAUUGACUUAUCUAAUUACAGCAAAAGUUCAGAUUUAAAUUAGAGUUUGUGAUUCUGGUCACUUACAAGAAAAACAAACAGACUGUAUGACACAACAUGCAACUCAUUCAUCUUUCUGAUUUUAUCUGUAACACUGUUGAAUGUUGUACAUUUAUUUUCUUAAAGAAAUAAAAAAAAUUCUACAAAA